AUGUGUCUGAAAAUUAUAUUUUUUAUUGCCAUUUUCUGUGCCGUCAAUGGGUUGGUGGUGACAAUAAAAGCCUAUGUGGACGAUAUGGCGAGCCUGACUAAUUCUGUAGACAAUGUAUCAGUACAUAGUUGUAACAACAAGGCAUGUGAUCAAAGUUGUUCGAGGUUUCAAUUAACUGGAGGUGUCUGUGUAAAUGGCCGUUGCAAAUGCGAUAAUUUUCAAGAUUGGAAAGAAUUCCUUUCAUUGAAAAGAUGUUAUGCCCAAGAAUGUGAUAAGAGCUGUUAUGCACGUCAUUUCGCUGGAGGGUUUUGUAUCGACGGACGCUGCCAUUGCUACAGCUAUCCAAAUUUAGAAGUAAAAGGAUUUUCUGCUGAAGACACCUUGAAUAAUGAUGAUGAAAAUGAUGAUCUGACCUUAAACAGAAUUGCAGAAGAUACAGUUAUGGACAGCAAAGUCAGUGGCUAUUAUUCUGCAAAUUCUUUAAAUCAACAUUAA